CCCGCCCCGCCCCGCCGCCCUGGGAGCUCGGGGCCUCCGCCGGGGAGGAAGCAUGCUGGCCCUGUGCUGCGCGCUGCUGACAGCCCUGCUGGCCGCGCCGGGGGCCGCCCUGGCCCCAGGGGGCUGCCCCGCGCCGGAGGUGGUGAGCGAUGCAGUGACCAGCCUGCCUGGGGCCAGCGUGACCCUGACCUGCCCGGGCGGGGAGCCAGGAGACCCCGUUCACUGGCUGCUGGGGAAUCAUGCGGCGGGCUCACGCCAGGGCAGCUGGGCCGCUGUGGGAAGGCAGCUGCUUCUGAGGUCGGUGCAGCUCAGCGACUCUGGAAACUAUUCAUGUUACCAGGACGGCCGCCUGCUUGGAACCGUGCGUUUGCUGGUGGAUGCCCCCCCUGAGGAGCCCCAGCUCUCCUGCUUCCGGAAGAGUCCCCUCAGCAAGGUGGCCUGUGAGUGGAGUCCUCGGCAUCCACCGUCCCCGACGACCAGGGCCACGUUACUGGUGAGGAAGUUUCGGAGCGUCCCGCUGGGAGACGCCCAGGAGCCGUGCCCGUAUGCCCAGGGGCCCCGGAAGUUCUCCUGCCAGCUGGCGGUCCCGGAGGGCGACAACUCCUUGUACGUCGUGUCCCUGUGCGUCAGCAACAGUGCCGGAAGCAGGUCCAGCAGUCCCCAGACGUUUGAGGGCUACGGAAUCCUGCAGCCCGACCCGCCUGCCAACAUCACUGUCACUGCUGUGGACGGAAACCCCCGCUGGCUCAGUGUGACCUGGCAGGACCCCCCCUCCUGGAACUCCUAUUUCUACAGGCUGCAGUUCGAGCUCCGAUACCGGGCCGAACGGUCAAAGACGUUCACAACGUGGAUGGUCCAGGAGCUCCGGCACCACUGCGUCAUCUACGACGCCUGGAGAGGCACGCGGCACGUGGUGCAGCUUCGGGCGCGGGAGGAGUUCGGCCACGGCUCCUGGAGCGCCUGGAGCCAGGAAGCCACGGGCACCCCUUGGACAGAAUCCAGGAGCCCUCCAGCUGAGAGCGAGGCGUCCCCCUCCACGCAGGCGCUGACUACUAACGAGGACGAUGAAAGUAGUCUCUCUAAGAGUUCUGCAAAUGUGACCAGCCUCCCAGGCCAUCUGUGGGCUGAUGACUCCCAAAUUCGAUCCCCUCGUCUGACAACCCAGACUCAACUCUCCAACGGCCUGGUGGACCUAUGCACUUGUGCAAGACUCUUCUCCAGUGCCGCUGCCCACCUUCCUGGUGGCCGGAGGAAGCCUGGCCUUUGGGACGCUCCUGUGUGUCGGCAUUGUCCUGAGGUUCAGGAGGACGUGGAAGCUGCAUGCACUGAAGGAAGGCAAGGCGAGCGUGCACCCGCCAUACUCGCUGGGACAGCUGGUCCCCGAGAGACCCAAGCCCACCCCGGGGCUGGUGCCCCUCAUCUCCCCGCCAGUGUCCCCCAGCAGCCUUGGGUCUGACAGCACCUCGAGGCACAGCCGGCCGGAUGCCAGGGGCCCACAGAGCCCUUACGACAUCAGCAACAGAGACUACUUCUUCCCCAGAUAGCAGGCUGGGCGGUGCUCGGCGGGCAGGUGCCAGGCGCGCCGGGCCGCAUGAAUGAGAAAGCACAGACUCGCUCAUCUCAGGUGCCGGGGCUCCUGGGAGGUGCGUCACUUCCCGACACAGAGCUGCUGCUCCGUCCAGAAGGAAGGGGUGGUUGGGUCUCGGAACCACCCUUUCCCAAGUGCCUCAAGGGGUCAGAGUCCACUCGGAACCCCCGGGGGAAGCAGGUCACCCUCGUGCUGGCCACGCACACACCCGACACAUGUGCGAGGCAGCCUGCAGCAGGUGGACAGAUUUCCAGCCGAGACGCCCCGGGCACCUCCUGGCCUGCUGUGCAGCUCUGCCUUCCAGCCUCCGUUCGUGGAGCCGAUGUGCCUUCACACUUCAGUCUUUCCAGGCCUGAGGAUGGGAGAAGCACCUGGCAGCCUCCCCCACACCUGCAGACGGCACGGCGGAGCCGCACAAUAGCUCGGGGCUUGGUGGCUUGAAAUGGAUUUGUAAUUGGUUCCUCGUUAGCAUUCUCUAAAUGUGAACGGAGAUCCUGGGCACUUGCUGAAUCCAGGAGCAGGUGCACUGGCUCCGCUUCCCUCUUUGGAUCCCAGGACUUCAGGAGGAGAGAAGCGGAGGAAGGAAGGUCGUGGGGACAGGCCUCUGUGCCCUCCCCAGGGGUGGCCCUCCCCAGGGGACCCGGCUUCCCCGUCCUCCCCUGCUCCCCCGAGAGGAGGACUGGCAGCAGGGGGCUUCUGUGGGGGGCGGGGGCUGUACCCCACCUUCCUCUGCUUUGUUUUCAGCUGAGCCUGAGAAACAAGGGAAGAUAACGUUUAUGUGAAAAGACAAAAAACCCGGCAAGAAUGUAUUUUAACUCGUUUUUAAAAAAACAAAACUGCUUUAUCUUAGACGGUGGUAGAGCCAGUGCUCGCUGAGUGUCAGUAUGUGAAUAACUUGGGGGGAAAGCACAAUAACCUUGUUUAGCACAAAACUGAGUCAAGUGAAAAAGGAGGAGAAAAGACAGUUUUCCUUUUAGAGCAGAGUCUGGUUUCAUUCUGCAUCUUGUUUUUGUCUGAAAAAGUGAGAACAUAGUCUGUGUCUCCUUUAACGUGGGGGAAAGCAGCUGCUCCCCUCCAGGCAGCCGCGGAGGAGGGGGUGUCCAGCCUCUGCCCUGAGCCCCUGGUUACGGGAGGGGGCUCCUUACAAAGUCCCCUGCUUGGGGUUUCUUUCUUAGUUGCUUGAUCUGACUCCGCUCAGCGAGGGUCAGAGCACCAACCGAAUGUGUAGCCGUGGCCGUGCCGCUCUGGCACGCUGCCGUCGAGUCCCAGCUCGGACCACUCAGGGAUGCGUGUGGUUACCCGACCUGGGCCCUCGCGUGGCACGGGUGCCCAGAAUGGAGCUGUGAUUCCCAGCAGCCUCGUAACCGCCGCUGAACUUUCACCAGACCACAGGCCUUUCUAGCAGCCUGCCUUUUUAGAAAAACAACCAGCAUCGCCAGACAGUGGCGGGAGGAAGACGAUGACCGAGUCCUGUCUACGGUUCGCCAGGUUCAGACCUCGGCCGUGGCAGCGAGUCGGUGAGUUUCAGACCCUGUUACUGCUUCAGGCAAACUGGCCUUCAGCUGACAAAAGUUAGGCAGGUGUUUUUUGUUGUUUUUCUCUAAAGUUUGAGAACAGCAGAAAUGCUGUAAAGAGGAAAUACGAAACCGAGAACGUGCCUGAGCAAGGUCUUUACCUCUUGGCGAGGUCUUGCCCCGGGUGCUGCCAGACCCAGGCGGAGCCGCGCUGGCGGAAGAUGGAACGGCAGAUAGCGCCUGUGCUGAGAGCCCACCGCCUUUGAUCUCCAAACUGUUACUGCUUUCGUUAUUAUUGUCAUGAAACUGCCUUUUUUUGUGUGUGUAUUGGAGAGGGUUUUUUCCCUUUAUUUCUUUAUAAGCUACUGAAAAUGAAGGAAGAGUGUUUUUCCCUGGGUUGUAGGCUGUGCUCCGUGUGCCCAGGGGCACCCCUAAGCUUCGUGUUCGGAUCCACGGGCAGUGAGCGUGCUUCUACCCACCGCCCCCACGUCCGGCAGGACAUCUGCUGCCUGUUCUCAACAGUGAUGUGACUCACCUUACCUGUCUGUUCUCAACAGUGAUGUGACUCACCUUACCUGUCGCACAGCCAGACGUGGGAAAAGUUGAAAAUACGCUGGUUCAGGUCUGAAUUAAUGUGGUCAGUAAUUCUUGUAGCAUUAAUGAAAAUUUUUCUGAAAUGUCAAGGGGGUAGCAUUGAACGGACCUACGAAGCCUUUGGUGACCAUGAGAGCUCUUUGCUCUGACGGGAUCUGGACCUUGAGGCCUGUUUGCCAGGCUCUGGGCUUAGAACCUCUACCACCUCCCUGCUCUCCCAGGGGCGGGACAUCAUGCUGAGAUGUUGGGAGCCCACCUGGCGGUGAGCAGAGCCUCGUGGGGCAGGCUGGGCGUGGUCAUGGUUUGUGGGUUUCCUGCAGAAUGUUCAGGAACGUCUUGCCUCAUCAAAGGUACUGAAGGUUGACCCACUUGGGGAGGAGUCUCUCGUCGAGUUCCAGGUGGAGGUGGUGAGAGACGGGCCUUCAUCUGGAGAAGCAGGGGCAACAGGUGGCCCUUCAGAGGGCACGCCAGCUUUCCUACGCGGCGGUCGGCAGCGGGGCUGCUGUUGGGAGGCAGGCCAACUGGUUCAAUGUCUGUGCCGGACGCCCCUGCAUGUCCCCUGCAGUCCUUCCAGCAUUGCGUCCUCCGUGUGGCCUGCCGGCAGAGCCAGGGGGUUUCCAUGACAACCUUACUGAUUAUUAAAGAACGCUGUUGGUUUUAUGAACAUGUGCUCAGUUGAAGGUCUUCUGUGGAAAGAGGGGAUCGGAACAGCACGUACCAAGGCUGUGAAUUGACAGAGAAACCGUAUUUGGAUGGGGAUCACACAUCUGUUAAAUACAAUACCUCAACUUUACUCUGUUUUUAUUUUUUAUCUAAUUACCUGAAAGCAAAGGCUGAUGUCUGUAUAUGGGGCAAAGGGUCAGUAUAAUGUUCUUCAAUAUUUUUCUUUUUAUCAGCUAUUUUCCAUUCAAAGUGAAAAUUGUAAAUGUUUGAAAUAAAUCAUUUCUAAAAAUA